CGUUGAUCUAACACACAUUGUUCGUUUAUUGUCUUGAAAAACUAACUGCUCUUGUUAACUUCUAUCAUGGUCUUAACUCUUCCCGCAGAGAUCGUCCUAUCGAUAGCCGAAGCUUGUGGAUCCUUGCGGGCGGUGGCUUUCCUUUGCGCAACGUGCCGUCACCUGUGCAAUAUUCUCAAUCCAUUCCUGUAUCAGACCGACUCUCAGGUUGAAUCACUCGAGACGCUACGAUAGGCGGCAAGAGCUGGUCGGAUUUCUACUAUUAUCAAGUGGCUUAGAUACCGCGAUGCGGAUGGUGAUCAAAACAGCAAGGAAAAAGCCUGCAUACGGCGUUACAUGCCGCUGCCACUUCAGGUCAGGAUUCCACGGCCAUCUAUUUACUAGAUAGUGGUGCUUGUAUUGAGUGCUAUGAUUAUGAUUAUCAGCCACCUCUGAAUCAGGCUGUGCGCUUUCAUCACGAGUCUACAGCGAGAAUCCUGCUGCAACGCGGCGCAACCCCCAAUCAUGCUGAUUUUACAAGCGAGACACCCCUCGGCGUUACCGCUGCAGAUGGCUGCGUGGAUAUGAUUCGAUUGCUAUUGGACCAUAAAGCCAAUCCUUUGGCAACCAAUGUUAAUGGUGAAACCCCGGUUGCUAUCGCUGCUUACAAUGGGCACACCACAGUGGUUCAGACGUUAGCAGACCACGCAUAUAAUGCAGGUUGUCAGGGAGAAGCUGACGCUUUGGAGAAUGCUCUGGAACAUGCCAUGUUCCAGGCUGUGCGUGGUUUAUCUCCUGCCACAGUCAGCUUGCUCCUACAUAAGGGCUAUUUCCCGCCGCUCUACAGCAGCAAAGGCCGAGCGCUAAUCAUGGAGGCCUGCCAAGUGGGAAGCUCCGACAUACUCCAACUUCUGCUUGAAAAUGGCGGCGAUAUUGAAGCUAGAUACGAAGCCGGCAAAAAGCUCCUCACCGUCGCAACUAGCCUAGGCAAUAUAAAUGUGUUGCAAUAUUUGAUCCAGCAAGGAGCCGAUGUAGCAGCAAAGGAUGACAGUGGGAAAACAAUGGUGAUGCACCUGAUUCAAAACCAGGUGGUCGACAAAACAACGUGGGACUACGUCCUUGAUAAAAAGCCGGAUCUGAAUUCUAGAGAUGAGCUUGGCCGUACGGCACUGUUUCAUGCGACAGAUGUCGGGGCACACGCGACAGUGGAAAUGCUAUAUCGAGUUUACAAGGCACAACGCCAUUGAUGCAAGCAGCGGCAACCGUCACACACGAACUGUUGGGCUAUGUCUGGAUUGGCAUGAUGCUAAUAUCGACGCAUUGGACAGCAUAGGUCAGUCUGCGCUGUACCUGGCUGUAGAGAGGCAGCACCGUGACGUUGUAAGUGUUCUGGUAGAGCGUGGGGCGGAUGUAAAUCAACGUACAACAACAGGAAGAUCCUUGCUAUCCAUGGCAUCCGGCAUGGGUAACUCGGGGAUUGCGCGAAAUCUUUUGAUUGGCGGCGCGGAUAUCAAUUGCAGAGAUUCUCCUGACGGACGGACGCCGCUUAUGGUAGCUGCGGCGCAUGAGCAGUUACACAUAAUCAAGUGGCUUGUUUCCCAGGGCGCACAUGCCCAUCUGCAAGAUAACAUGGGCUGUGAUGCCGUCGCCUGUGCACUGGCUGCUUCCAGACAAAUUGUUGAAAAGGCGAUCUCUACUCCGCUGCGUGGGCGUAAUGCGAACAGACGCCACGGUACUAUUGACGCUCCCUGAUUCUUGACAAACUUCCAGGUUAAGUAUAAAGGUUUCCAUACUCUUAAGUGCAAAACGCACGCCGCGCAGAGGCGGAAGAGCAAGGGUUGGUGCUUAAAAGCGGCAGUGCUCUUUAUUUGGUUGGGGUGCCGCUUAACCGGAGGCGGAAGCAGCGUUUUCGA